GCUAUAAAAAAUGGGUUAGCAAAACGCCGACGUCUUUUUGAAGAAAAGUAAGAAGCGUUGUUGGUGAUGGCGGAAAUGAACGUGAGCUGGAGCGUGCCGGGGCUCCAGCUGUUCAACUGCACACAAGCCGAAUGCGGGGCGACGUUUACGCGCCAGUGGAGGCUGAGAGAACACGAGAAGGCGCAUAUCGAAGCGCGCCCGUUUAAAUGCAGGUUUGUUAACUGCGGUCGUCGCUUCACCCGGAAAGCCCACCUGAGGCGCCACGCUGUGCAGCACACCGGCGUCAAGGCAUUCAUAUGCUCCUUCCAAUGUUGCCCAAAAAGUUUCUUCAACGCACACUGUCGGGAGAAGCACGUGCAGCAUGCUCACGGGAAGGGCCGGUGGUUCAAGUGUAGUAAACCAAACUGUUCCUUGACCUUCAAGAAACGUAGACUCCUGAAACUGCACAUGAAGGAGCAUGGCGUAACUGCUAACUUCAGAUGUUCAAAGGAUGGUUGCGGUGCCAUGUUUGACUCCCACAUUGCCCGAAAAGCCCAUGAGAAAAAGCAUGCAGGGUAUCGCUGUCAAAAGGCCAACUGCAAUUUUAUUGAAUAUACCUGGGGGAAACUUCAAAAACACAUGGCAAAACACCCAGUAACCUUCACCUGUAGAGCAUGCCAGAAGGUAUUCAAGAAAGCGGGUUCUUUGAGCAGACACGAGCGGGCCCACACCUCACAUAAACCAGUGCUGGUCUGCCCCAAGUCUGGCUGCUCUGCUUUCUUCUCAACGACGUUCAAUCUGGAGCACCACAUCCACAAGGUGCACCUGGAGCACCUCAAAUACAGCUGCUUGUUCCCUGACUGCCCACGCAUGUUUGCUAUGCGGGAGAGUAUGACUAGACACCUUCGUCAUCAUGACCCAAUCACCCCAGCUUUGCAGAAGCGCCUGCAGUCCAAGUUAUUGCAGAAACGUGUGAGUGGGCGUCGCACGCCGCUAGUGGAGGAAGACUUGCGUCGCCUCUUUGACCUGCGCAUGCGCAUCCACCGACGUGCCAAAGUGGAGGCCAACCUCUUAAGCCUCUUCAAUGAGCGCAAGUUGACGCGCAACGUUGACCCGGAAGUGAACCUGCGUAACCUGUUUAGCAUCAAACCCACCUUGCCCUGUAAACCUUCCGCUUAAAAAAAACGUGGACAUGAAUAAUUUUUUUUUGUUGCAAAUCUUAGUUCGAAUCGAUUAUUCCAAGCUUUUGGAAUCGUUCCCUGUAAUUUGAGGAUAUCUGACAUUUUUUUGUCCUGAAAUGGCUGUAGCCAUUAACAUGACUGAACAUGUUGGUGUUAAUGUAAUUCAAUA